AUGUCGGAAGGUUCUGGAAGGAAGCUCAUGGUCGAGGUUUGCAACGCGAAGAACCUGAUGCCGAAGGACGGUCAAGGAACGGCUAGUGCUUACGCGAUUGUGGACUUUGACGGCCAGCGAAGGCGAACGAACACGAAAUCGAGAGAUCUCAAUCCUCAAUGGGACGAGAGGCUCGAGUUCAUUGUCCACGAUAAAGACUCCAUGGCUUCGGAAACUUUAGAGGUGAAUCUCUACAACGACAAGAAAACAGGGAAACGAAGUACUUUUCUCGGCAAAGUGAAAAUAUCUGGGAGCACGUUUGUGAAGUCUGGUUCCGAAACGGUUGUAUACUAUCCGUUAGAGAAGAGGAGCGUGUUCUCUCAGAUAAAAGGAGAACUCGGUCUCAAGGUUUGGUACGUAGAGGAUGAUCCACCGGAAACAGAUAACGCCGGCGAUCAGAAAGCAAUGUCAGCACCACCGGCGGAGGAGAAGCCGCUGGGGAUUUCAGAAGGAGAGAAAAAGGAAGAUAAUGCAAAGGAAAAGAAAGAAGAGGAAAAGAAGGAAGAUGAGAAUAAACCUAAAGAAGAAGAAAAACCAAAGGAGGAGACUCCGGCGGAAACGGCGCCGCCGCUACCGGAUGUGGACAAUCCACCGAUUGCUCAGACGGAGAAGCCUAAGCAGGCGAAGGAAAAGCUCGGCGAAGUACAGAAGCGUGCGGAUCUGAACGUGAGCAAUCACGAACUGCGAUCUCUGAGUGGCGAUCGGAGCCACAGCGCUCAUGACCUUGUGGAUCGCAUGGCCUUUUUAUACGUUCGCGUCGUGAAGGCGAAGCUGGCCAAACCGGAAACCAGUUCGACCGCUUACUCGAAGCUUGUGAUAGGGACACACAGCGUGAAGAGCAAAAGCGAGAGUCACAGCAAAGAGUGGGAUCAGGUUUUCGCCUUCGAUAAAGAGGGUCUCAAUUCGACGUCGUUGGAAGUUUCUGUUUGGUUAGAGGAGGUCAAAGAAGGGGAUGAGAGGAGUGAGAGUUGUGUGGGAACGGUGUGGUUUGAUCUGCAGGAGGUGCCUAAAAGAGUUCCUCCGGAUAGUCCUCUGGCUCCGCAAUGGUACACUCUGGAGUCAGAAACCACGCCGGGAAAUGAUGUCAUGCUCGCCGUUUGGAUAGGGACUCAGGCCGACGAGGCCUUUCAGGAGGCUUGGCAAUCCGAUUCCGGUGGAUUGAUACCGGAGACGCGAGCUAAAGUGUAUCUGUCUCCCAAGCUUUGGUAUCUGAGACUAACGGUCAUCCAAACCCAGGACUUGCAGCUAGGUUCGGAAUCCGAGGCUAUGAUUCGGAAUCCGGAGCUCUACGUGAAGGCUCAGCUCGGCGCUCAGGUAUUCAAAACAGGGAGAACAUUACCCGGCUCGGCUAACCCAACGUGGAACGAAGACCUCGUGUUCGUAGCAGCCGAGCCGUUUGAGCCGUUUCUUUUUGUAACAGUCGAGGACGUGUCAAAUUCCAAAACAGUUGGCCACGCGAAAGUCCACGUGGCAUCCAUGGAGCGGAGAACAGACGAUCGAACGGAGCAGAAGUCAAGAUGGUUCAACCUAUCCAGCGAAGACGAGAGCCGUUCGUACACAGGCAGGAUUCACAUUCGAGUAUGCCUGGAAGGCGGGUAUCACGUGAUAGACGAAGCUGCUCACGUGACCAGCGACGUUCGGGCCUCGGCUAAACAACUCGCAAAACCCCCACUGGGUUUGCUCGAGGUGGGAAUUCGUGGCGCGACCAACCUACUUCCCGUGAAGACCAAAGACGGGACACGUGGCACCACAGACGCUUACGUGGUGGCCAAAUACGGGCCCAAGUGGGUCCGAACUCGAACUAUCAUGGACCGGUUCAACCCGCGAUGGAACGAACAGUACACGUGGGAUGUUUACGACCCUUGCACGGUGCUCACCAUUGGAGUGUUCGAUAACGGGAGAUACAAGCACGGGGAAGAUGGAAAACUUAACAAAGACUGUAGAAUGGGGAAAAUUCGUGUGCGGUUGUCCACACUGGACACCAACAGGGUGUACGUAAACUCCUACUCCUUGGUCGUUUUGUUUCCAGGUGGUGCGAAGAGAAUGGGGGAGAUAGAGAUUGCAGUGAGAUUUUCAUGCUCCUCGUGGUUGAGUCUCAUGCAGGCUUAUGCAAGCCCAAUUUUACCAAGAAUGCACUACGUUCGCUCGUUCGGCCCGGCUCAGCAAGAUAUCUUACGCCAAACGGCCAUGAGGAUAGUAACGGCGCGGCUGGCCCGGUCUGAACCGGCUUUGGGUCAGGAAGUAGUUCAGUUCAUGCUGGACUCUGAUACGCACGUGUGGAGCAUGCGGCGGAGCAAGGCGAACUGGUUCAGAGUGGUGGGAUGCCUCUCACGUGCGGCGACGCUACUGUGUUGGGUGGAUGGGAUCCGCACAUGGGUACACCCUCCCACGACGGUUCUUGUGCACGUGCUGCUUGCAGCCAUCGUGCUGUGCCCAUGCCUAGUGCUUCCCACUGUUUUCAUGUACGCGUUUCUGAUUUUGCUGUUGAGGUUCCGUCACCGGCAGAGGGUCCCUCAGAACAUGGAUCCGAGGAUGUCGUACGUAGACAUGGUAAGCCUGGACGAGCUGGACGAGGAGUUUGACGGGUUUCAGACGACGCGUCCCGCGGAGGUGGUUAGGAUCAGGUACGAUAGGGUUCGCGCGCUUGCCGGGAGAGCACAGACGCUGCUGGGUGACUUGGCGGCACAAGGGGAGCGCUUGGAAGCGCUUUUUAGCUGGCGGGACCCACGUGCCACGGGGAUAUUUGCGGUGCUGUGUUUGGUGAUGUCGUUGCUGUUCUAUGCCGUGCCGAUCAGGGGCAUUGUCUUGGUGGCUGGGUUCUACUACCUGCGCCAUCCGAGGUUCCGCGACGACAUGCCCUCUAUCCCCGCAAACUUCUUCCGGCGACUUCCGUCCUUUUCUGAUCAGAUUAUGUGA